GGUCAAGGUGUGAAAUACUGAUAUAUUACAUUAAAGUGGAGCCUAUAUAGUGUCCAUGCGUGAUGAUUUUUGCUGAAAAAUCGAUAUAACUCGGUUGCCUCUGAAUAUUCAAAUUGAAAGUAACGCGCAAUCAAAUCAUUGUCAAAUCAAUGAGUUCUAGGGGUUUUAAAUAGUAGGCAUGGAGGCAGAAAAUCUCAAACUAAUAUGUCCACAGCUAUAUUACAAUAUUGCUGUAUGCUCUGACUCGGCUGGAACACAUUUGUGUUUAGAUUUUUGGAGACUUUUGCACAAUUUUCGUUCUUGGCCAUUAAGCUGAGGCAGAAAAGGACGUUGUGGAGUCCCACAGGUCUUCUCCAGGGAGCCUCUCUUCACCUCUGCCAUCAUGUCUGGUAAGACGAGGGUGUACCAGGGCGUCCGCGUGAAGACCACGGUCAAAGAGCUGCUGCAGAGGCUCCGAGCCCGGGAGGCCAACGGCAAAAAGCUCAAACCGAUUGGACAGAUAUCCCAGGGUUCCUUGGAUCUUCAGGAUCUCUGCCAGUCCAUAUCGCCAAACCUUCUCCUGCCGGCUCGCCAUGUGGACCCCCCUCCUCCCAUCACCCCGCCAGACGCGAGCAGCUGUGGCUCGCGCGCCCUCCCGCUGCGCGCCGCCCAGUUCCAGGUCCCCGACGGCUCGUGCAGCAUCCCGAUGCAGGGGGACGCGUUCAACGACCCCCAGCCGCCCGCCGGGGACAUGAGCUUGUCCGGCAACUGCUACGCUGGAAACAACAGCAGCAGCAGCAACAACAACAACAACAACAACAACAACAGCAUCGGUGGCAACGGCUACAACCCCUCCCAGCCUCCCCUCCACGCCCUCCCGCUGCCCUGGUACUAUGGACUCUCCCCAGAUGAGGACUAUUAUGGGCACGCCAUGGCACCCGGCUCUCCGCCGGAGUCACGGAAGCUCUGCAGCCCCGCGGAUCACAGCAGCUACUCGCCACAGGACUCUUUCUCCUCCUCCUCCUCCUCCUGCUACGACUCGCCCACCAGGAUGGAGUCCAGCCACCACGGCUUCGCCUCAGAGCACUGCCACUAUCAGCACUGCGACCUCCAGGACUGUUACUGUCUGCCCCGCUGUAGGCCGGGCCAGCAGGAGAGCUUCGCUGCCCCCGAAUACACACCGCACUACGCCCCCACAGACUAUCCGUACGCCUGCCAGGUGGAGGAGAACUAUUUCAUGAGGGACCUGCAGAUCCCCGAAAUGUGCUACAACAUACUAUGAUGGGACCGUCGGCAGUGUUGUUGUGUCGUUCACCACCCCCCCCCCCCCCCCCGCUGUAAAUAUGAUUCUCCUCAAGUGCUUUCAUUUCACUGUGCCAUUACUUGCUUGUGCUUUGGCGCAGUUCGAAUAUGACGAAUGCUGAAUGGAUGGAAAGGCGAAUAUUUUUGUAUCAAAUGCCGUUUUUUUAUUACUUAGAUUUAUUUUCAUACACAUAAGUUCUUACUGUACUGAAUAAAAAUGUUGAAAUCAA